AAGCUGAAUCUGGGUAUUUUACAACCAGGCUACGUCGUGGGGGUAAGUUUAACAAAUGGGGUGGCAAAGUUUAUGUUGGUGGUAAGAUCAAUCACUUUGGCAUGUGUCACAAUGAUCACAUGUCUCUAAAAGAGUUGGAUUAUAAUUUAAAAAGCUUGGAAUUGGGAUAUUUUGACAAUCACAAAGCUGGUAAUAUGUGGAUGGUAAUGGAAAAUAACAAUGACACAAUGCAAUUGUCAAAUUGGGUGAAUAAGAAAUCAUUGAUUGAUGUAUAUGUGGAGCACAGAGGUGAAGAUGGGUUCAGUGUAAAUCAUGUGGAGUCAUAA